AUGGAUCCAAACGUCCAUACACUGUUCGAACCUGUAACUGGUACAUGGCAAUAUGUCGUCGCGGAUCCAACUUCCAACGAGGCCGUCAUUAUCGACCCUGUCCUCGACUACCACAAGGAGAAGGGGUUAGUGUCAACAAACUCAGCCGAUGAGAUUCUAGACUUGGUGGCAUCUCAAGGCUAUACAGUGUCAAAGGUCUUGGAGACCCAUGCCCAUGCCGACCACCUCACUGCGUCGCGGUAUCUUCAGCACGUUCUUGCCACGCGCCAAUCCGAUCAUCCUCGUCCACAAGUCUGCAUCGGCCAGCGCAUUCGGCAGGUCCAAGCUACCAUGUCCAUGAUAUAUGGUAUCCCUGAGACCGAGCUGGUGGACGCGUUCGAUCAUACCUUUGCAGAUGACGAAACAUUCAGUAUUGGCUCUAUACAGGCUCGCGCCAUUCACCUCCCCGGGCAUACACCAGACCAUAUCGGCUAUGUGAUUGGCUGCAACAUAUUCACUGGGGACUCUAUCUUCAAUCCCGACGUCGGCUCAGCCCGCUGCGACUUCCCCGGGGGCUCUGCUACGGAUCUUUAUCAUUCGAUGCAGAAGCUGCUGGCUUUCCCAGGACACUUCAAGCUAUUCACAGGACAUGACUACCCGCCGGAGAACCGUGACGUGUCCGUGGGCGAGCACACGGCAGGGAGCAAAGCUGUGCCUUUUACAACCGUCGAGACACAAGCGAUGCAGAACAAACAUGUCAAGCGAGGGACUGAGAUGGACGACUUCGUGAAAUGGAGAGCCGAAAGAGACAGUGGUCUUGCUCCACCCAAACUGCUCGCCCAGGCUAUGCAAGUAAAUGUUCGCGGAGGAAGGGUGCCCAAGAGGUCUGAGGGCUUCAGCGAUGUCCGUAUCCCUGAGCAAGUGGCCCUCGUUGUUUGA